UGCAACCUUGCUUCUAUUUCUCUUUCGGCUUUUGUGGUCAAUGGAGUUUUCGACUAUGGUUUAUUAGAGUAUAUUGUGGGUGUCACCGUCAAAAAUCUAAAUCGAGUGAUUGACAUAAACCACUAUCCAAUCCCCGAGGCGAAAUUGUCAAACUUAAGACACCGGCCAAUCGGGAUUGGUGUACAAGGAUUAGCUGACUGUUUUUGCAUGUUAAGAUACCCAUUUGAUAGCGAAGAAGCCAGAGAAGUAAAUAUAAAUAUAUUUGAAACAAUCUACUAUUCUGCACUGAAAAAAAGCUGUCUCCUUGCUCAAGAAUAUGGGCCAUAUGAGUCAUAUCCCGGGUCACCAAUAAGUCAAGGAAUACUGCAGCAUGACAUGUGGGGUGUUUCUGAUAGUUCUCGUCAUGAUUGGGCUACCCUCCGAGCGGAUAUUGCUAAGUAUGGAGUGAGGAAUUCUCUUCUUAUCGCACCAAUGCCAACGGCAACGACUGCUCAAAUUUUUGGAAAUAACGAGUCGAUUGAGCCUUUUACUAGCAAUUUUUACACUCGUCGUGUUCUGUCGGGGGAGUUCCAAAUUGUCAAUAAGUAUCUCCUCAAGGAUCUCGUCGAUGCUGGUCUUUGGAAUGACGACAUGAAAAAUGUUUUAUUACACUUUAAUGGGUCUGUACAGGCACUUCAGUUCUACAGUCAUGCGAAUACACUGAUUCAGUACAUUUGUCUCAUUAACAUGUUUAAAAACCACAAUUUCCUCCAAUCCAUAUUUUCUCUUAUGAAUGUAAAUUCCAUUUCCAGCCGAUCCAGGGACGCUCUUGGGUGUCCCAAUGUAAUAUGGAGUUCUGGUCUUGAGCGUCCUGAACAGAUACCAGCCGUCCCUGACUGCCUCGACAGCUCUGAUGGUGAGGACACUCUCCUUUUUGUCCCAGGGGAAAGUAUAAGAUAG